GGAAGUGACGUCAGCCUGUCAACAUGUAAGAUGGCGGCUCAUCACAGGCAGAAUGCUGCUGGGCGGAGAAAAGUACAGGUGUCGUAUGUCAUAAGAGACGAGGUCGAGAAGUACAAUCGCAAUGGGGUGAACGCACUGCAGCUGGACCCAGCCUUGAACCGACUCUUCACCGCUGGAAGGGACUCCAUCAUAAGGAUAUGGAGCGUCAACCAACACAAGCAAGACCCAUACAUAGCGUCGAUGGAGCAUCACACAGACUGGGUCAACGACAUUGUCUUGUGUUGCAACGGGAAGACAUUGAUAUCUGCUUCCUCAGACACCACUGUGAAAGUUUGGAAUGCACAUAAGGGAUUUUGUAUGUCUACGUUGCGGACACACAAGGACUAUGUCAAAGCCUUAGCGUAUGCAAAAGACAAGGAGCUGGUGGCCUCUGCCGGUCUUGACCGACAAAUCUUCCUUUGGGAUGUAAAUACACUAACAGCACUGACGGCCUCAAACAAUACUGUCACCACCUCCUCACUGAGUGGCAACAAGGACUCCAUAUACAGCCUGGCUAUGAAUCAGAUGGGAACAGUCAUUGUGUCUGGCUCCACUGAAAAGGUGCUGAGAGUCUGGGACCCAAGAACCUGUGCAAAGCUAAUGAAGCUAAAAGGACACACAGACAAUGUUAAGUCAUUGUUGCUAAACAGAGAUGGCACACAGUGUCUGUCGGGUAGCUCAGACGGAACCAUCCGGCUCUGGUCCCUGGGUCAGCAGAGGUGCAUCGCUACCUACAGGGUCCACGACGAAGGGGUGUGGGCGCUACAGGUCAACGAGGCCUUCACGCACGUCUACUCCGGGGGCCGGGACAGGAAGAUCUACUGCACAGACCUGCGCAACCCUGACAUCCGUGUGCUCAUCUGUGAGGAGAAGGCCCCAGUUCUGAAGAUGGAACUGGACAGGUCGGCCGACCCCCCUCCGGCCAUCUGGGUCUCCACCACCAAGUCCUCGGUCAACAAAUGGUCUCUAAAGGGCAUCCACAAUUUCCGAACAUCUGGCGAUUACGACAACGACUGCAGCACCCCCCUGACGCCCCUGUGUACGCAGCCCGAACAAGUCAUCAAAGGUGGAGCCAGCAUAAUUCAGUGCCACAUUCUGAAUGACAAGAGACACAUACUUACCAAAGACACAAACAACAAUGUGGCAUACUGGGAUGUUCUAAAGGCGUGCAAGGUUGAAGAUUUGGGGAAGGUGGAGUUCGAUGAAGAAAUCAAGAAGCGGUUCAAGAUGGUCUAUGUGCCAAACUGGUUCUCCGUAGACCUUAAAACAGGGAUGCUGACAAUCACUUUGGAUGAGAGUGACUGUUUUGCUGCGUGGGUCUCUGCCAAGGAUGCUGGUUUCACCAGUCCAGAUGGAUCCGACCCAAAAUUGAAUCUGGGCGGGCUGUUGCUCCAGGCCCUUCUGGAGUAUUGGCCCAGGACGCACAUUAACCCCAUGGAUGAAGAGGAGAAUGAGAUCAACCACGUUAACGGGGAACAAGAAAACAGAAUACAGAAAGGAAACGGUUACUUCCAGGUGCCACCACACACUCCAGUCAUCUUUGGAGAAGCAGGAGGGAGGACUCUCUUUAGGUUGUUGUGUCGGGACUCGGGUGGAGAGACGGAGUCAAUGUUGCUAAACGAGACCGUUCCGCAGUGGGUGAUCGACAUCACUGUAGAUAAAAACAUGCCUAAAUUUAACAAAAUCCCAUUCUACCUCCAGCCCCACUCCUCUUCAGGGGCAAAAACAUUAAAGAAGGAUCGCCUCUCGGCUAGCGACAUGCUGCAGGUGCGGAAAGUGAUGGAGCACGUCUACGAGAAGAUCAUCAACCUGGACAACGAGUCGCAGACCACCAGCUCGUCCAACAACGAGAAGCCGGGGGAGCAGGAGAAGGAGGAGGACAUGGCCGUGCUGGCCGAGGAGAAGAUCGAGCUGCUGUGCCAGGAUCAGGUUUUGGAUCCCAACAUGGAUCUGAGAACAGUUAAGCAUUUUAUCUGGAAGAGCGGUGGGGAUCUGACUCUUCACUACCGGCAGAAGUCGACGUGAGCCAAAAGCGGCAUGAGUCUGAGCACCCUGCAAGUCUCCAUCCAAACCAACCCCCCCCCCCCCCUCCCCUCCCUCACCGCCAGCCUGGACUUUGCACUCAUCGUACUGGUUCCAUGAGUAGUACUCUAGAAGCCACACUCAACCCUGGGUUAGAUGUUACUCUGAUCGACCAGGCCCACCACACAUUUUUACUCCAGAGAAGUCUGUUCCUUCUGUAACAGGCAAACAUUAUAGAGGGCCUCUGCCCUUCAAAAUGUCUACUUUGCAAAAUGAGAAGAGAACACGUGGGAUUUCUUGUGCUGUGUGUACAGUGGACGGGUUUAGACUAAAGUAAUAAUCCAGGGAAUUUUAGUUUUUAUGAUUUUCAAGGUUUUUUUUGUUUUGUUUUGUGUUUUUUUUUUUUCGCUUCUAAAGUUGUUUUUGUAUUUAAGAUUUUUAUUAUCAUGAUUUCAUUGUUUUGAGGGGGCAUCCAUUUUGAAUAAUGCCUUGUUGGUUGUACGCAUCAAUGUUCAUUUUCUGACAUGAGAAGCAAACCGCACGGUUUCCGGUUUCGUUUUUCCAUGUACAUUCCAGAAACAUACUCGUUCCCAAUGAUGAAUCACUGCAAUUCUCUCUUUCUCUUUUCGUAAGGGGUUGUAUUAAGAAUGACCUCGACAUUCAGGCAACAAUACAGAACAAUCAAGUGUUCCACGGAAUGUAAAGCAGUGAUGGGUAAUCGGCUGGCUUGUGUUGCUUAUUGGCUGUCAGUUUCACAGACUGAGACAGGUUGGUAACGGCUGGGUGGGGUUCACACAACAAACGUUUUUGUCAGUGUCUCUCUUUUCUGUAUAUAAUCUGUUCUUACUUUUAGGCAACUUGAAAUGUUUUAUUUUAAAUGGUUUUCUUUUCAGAGCAAAUAUUGUUUUCUUUAAAAGAAUGCAUUUUUUUUUUUUUACAAGAGUAUAAAGACAGUUUAACUGAAUAACCUUCCGUUCUUGAAAAGAAACACAAGUUCACGAAAGGGGCCAUUGCACCUUGAAGUGAAACCUCACCGUUGUUUUUCCAAUAUUACUCAGUCUGCUGUAAAGCAUCAAGCCUAAGUGUCGCUACUCAUAGGAACUAUUUCUGUCUGCCAUGAACGCUUUGUGGUCAACGCUGAGUAUCGGCUAAAGAGGAGAGCAGCAGUCUGUCAGUCCUUUCAUCUUUAUGCAACACCAACUGCUCUGCAAAAUCGAAAUCUAGAGAAUGACAAUGGGAAUUGCACAGUGUUAUAGCAAAAUGUAUUAUAUUUCUGGCGAAAAAGAAAUCCAUUUGGGAUUAGUCCAAAAAUAAAAUUUGAAAGACAACACUAUUUGUCUAUUUGUUGUAUAAGCUGUAAAUGAAGCAAAUUAGGGAAUAUGUAAAGCUGCCAUAUCCUCAACCCCUGUAUUAUGCUCCCUGUGUUGAUUAACUAUAUGUAGUAUAUUUUGGUUUAAUAACUGCUAAAUAAAUUGACCAAUAUGAAAAGUGUGAAGUUAUUUUAGUUAUCAGCGGUGCUAACCCUGCUUAUGUUGUACAGAUUCUGAUGUAAGUAGGAUGUUCUGAGGUAUUGAUUAUGAGGUGAAAUUUGACUUACUGGAUUUUCUAUGGAAUAAUAAAAUCGUUAUCUAACGGAUGAUUUUAGGUAUUUGAGCCUCAUCAGUCCUAAAGUGGUUCUGAGUGAUUAGUCACAAAGCGGAAUAAUACGCUGACUUGAAAUCACAUGCUUUUAAAAAGCUUUUUUAACCCCUAAAUACAGGGACUAGAUAGCCAUGAUAUGGGACUUUUACUGUAUCAGAUAAUGUUUUGGAAGAGAAUGUUUCGAGUGACUGACAUCAAGGCCUACGAAGGACCUAAUUUAAUCUCUAAAAUUUUGAGUGUUCAUUUGGAAGUUUGGUAUAUAUGGUAUGGUAAAAAAAAAGUGAUGCAGAACCAAAGAUGAGGAUUUUAACUUGAAUUAUUAAUUUUACUUUCAACUAUCUAGUAAAAGGAAUGUGAUUUGAAAUGGCCAAAAUUCUUCACAUUUUUUCUCUGACUUUAGCAGUGACUGUGCUUCCAUCUUGCCUACAUUUGAGUAAAAUGUGCAUUUUCUCCCAUGCGCACAACUAAUUAUUUGUAGUUAGUCACUCAUUUAUCACAGGUAUUUGAUUUUACUUGUUAAACUUUUUUUUAUUAAUUCCACAUUUGUGGAAUGAAGCCCCCGUAUGUGUCUUUACUGAGAAGCAACUUCCUGAUUCAUGUGGUUCCACUGGUUUUCUAUUACACAGACGCAUUCAAUCCUGGCUUCAACCGCCUGAUCAAUAAUAAAAAAAAAUGUUUCACAAAAUCAUAAA